GGUAGUUCUUUCACGCCUCUAUUAUUGGCCCUCGAAUCAUUCCGCUCCGAGCUGGUCUUUAAACUAACGAAACCAGUGGGUGCAACACGAUGACCAAGCUCGCGGCCGUCUUUGUGGUUGCCUCUUUGCUCAAUUUCGCCUCCGCAGGACACCACGGUGGACACGAUCACGUGGUGAUCCACGUGCCCUACAAGAUCAAGACGAUCCAUCACACGCACACCAUCACCAAGCACAUCCACCACGGCGGCGGGGGUGGCGACAAAUACGAGGUGCUAGGGUACACGGUCGGUCACCCCAUAGAUUUGGGAGGUGGCCACGGUGGUUUCGGUGGUGAUUUCGGAGGCGGCGGUGGCCACGACUUGGGAGGCGGCGGCGACUUGGGCGGCGGCCAUAUCGAAUACAGUGGCGGCGGCGGCGGCGGCGGUGGCCACAUCGAAUAUGGCGGCGGUGAUAUCGGCGGAGGGUAUGGGGGCGGUGGAGGAUUCGGUGGAGGCCAUGGAGGCAGUAUUGGUGGCGGUGGAUUUGGAGGAGGAGGAGGCCUUGGUGGCCACGAAGACUGGGGUGGCCAUUAACGGGAUUGUUGUGCUGCCAAUUUUGGGAGGGGAACGGUAGUUUUCUUUGGAAAAGCUCGAUUGGC